AUGAGUAACCCCCUUGUGGUUAGCAUAUCCAAUUUGGCGGCUUACACACCGCAAGAAACCAUUGAGCUUGUAUCUCGAUCUGGCGUCAAAAGAGGAAACAUGCGCCCCGACAAGGUUUUUCUAUCUGCCGUUUCAGCAGGUUGUCUUUUGUCUUUCGGUUGCGGUGUUUCAUUAUGCGCCAUGACUGCUCCAUGGUAUGCAGAGAACGCGCCCGGCCUAGUCAAGCUUUUCGGCGCAGGUGUUUUCCCACUUGGCUUGGUGCUUGUAGUACUUACUGGCGCGGACCUAUUUACUGCUACGACUAUGGUGAGCCAAACCGGUAUUAAUGCCGUUCUCCAGGGGCGACUGCGCAUUCACAAGAUGCUGUUGCAUUGGUUCCUUUGCUUUUUCGGUAAUCUUGCAGGGUCAUUGUUUGUCAUGUCUAUCAUCAUGGGAUAUGGCGGUGUCUUUGACGCAGACCCUUACAAGGAAGUGGUUGUCUCUUUCGCCACCAAGAAGCAAAUCGCGCCACAAGUUCAUCAAAUCUUUCUCAAGGCUAUUGGCUGCAACUGGCUUGUAUGCUUGGCUGUAUUUCUUGGAAUCCAGGCAAAAGAUCUAGCCUCAAAGGUUAUCGGCAUGUGGUGGCCAAUCUUUGCCUUUGUUGUUCUCGGCCUCGAGCACGUUGUUGCAAAUAUGUUCUACAUGACUCUUGCAAUUUGGCUUAAGGCCCCUGACUUGACGGUUGGUCUGUACAUCUGGAAGGGCAUGAUCCCUGCCACUAUUGGCAACAUCAUUGGAGGUGGCAUGUUUGUUGGCGUGUAUUACUGGUACAUGUAUCUGGCCAUGGAAGACCCUGUCAAGGUCGAUGGUGUCGAGUACCAGGGUCCUGUUGUGGACUAUGACAUGCAUUGGUUCUCUCACAAGAAGGAGAAUUCUGCCGUGGACGAGGAGAGUAGGAUAGAGUCAGCACCGGUUUCCUCGCCAGCUAGCGUUGUCAUGUAG